AUGGCCACCACCGCCGAAGCCCUCCUCGAGGAAUUCGAGGCAGACCUUCAACACGACAUCGAGGUCCUGAAGCUCCACAACGAGACCGGACGGUUGGAAGGACGGGUUCGCACGAUCCAGUCCAAGGUCGAUGCCCUCGCCCCGAUCAACGGCGAGCAGAUUGCGCUCGCCACCCGUGCCUACGAAACCCGCGCGCCUUCGAUGGGCUCCGAUGCGCGGUCGCCCAACAGCUCGCCGGGCCUUCGCCUCCCAUCGCUUUACUGCUGCGAACGCUCCGCCGAAUACACGAUGUUGCACGACGUGGUCCUCAUGGCGACGUUCAACAAGUUCAAGGCGGUCGUAAAGACCGAAUGCUGCUGGCCCUUCAUUGCGCACUUCCUGCGCAACCGCGGCGGCCACAACGGUCUCCCAGACUUGCCCCUCUUUGCGGACGCGGCGAUUUUUACCCAGGAAACGAUGCACGCUCGCCUCAAGGCAUACCUCAACAAGGCCAUCUGGACCGAAGGUCGGUCUUACUAUGCGUGUGACGACAAAUACCGCAGAUACGUCUACGUCGCUGUUGCGUGCGAGUACAUCGCGGGGCUUUAG